GAGUGAAGGAAAAGCAGCCAACAAGUACUCAGCAUAUUGUCCAAGAAGCCCCUCCCUCCAACCCCGGACCCACAGCGGCGGCUCUCUGACCCGGGCCAGAGGGUGGUGGUUGUGCUACAGAACUACAGUCCCCAUGGAGACACAGAGCUGCCCCUUCACAAAGACCAGGAGUACAUCCUGACUGACAGCUCCCACCAUGACUGGUGGACCAUACAGGACCUCAGAGGAAACUCAGGUUUUGUACCUUGCGUGUAUAUAACGGAAAAAUCCUGCAACAACUUCAACAGAUUUGAAUGGUAAAACAAAGACAUAGUAAGAGGGAGAGCUGAGGGACUGCUGAUGACCAAGGGAAAGGAAGGAGCCUUUAUGGUGCGAGACUCAGGCAUACAGGCGUCUACACUGUGUCUGUCUUCAAUAAAGCCCCAGGGUCCAACGGGCAGAAGAACCCGUGGGUGAAGCACUACCAGAUCAGAGAGUCAGAGACAGAGGAGACGUCCAAGUUUUACCUGGCAGAGAAAUACCUGUUCAGCACCAUCCCUGAGCUCAUCCAGUACCACCGACACUACGCUGCAGGUAAUUAGUUUAUCAGCACCAUCCCUGAGCUACCUUAUACACAUGUUUACAGCCAGGCCAGUGUGACCUAUUUUGAUGUGUACCCAGGUCGUCUGUGUACCACAAAACUGUGUUUGUUAGUCCGUUGAGAUAAAGCCUAGGCAUCUUCAGGUGUCAUGUAAGGUUCAACCAGCACAUGUGAAUCUCCCACAGUAGAGAGGGAAAUGGGAGAUGAGCAUUAAUGUAGUGUGAAAUGGUUUUAUAUAUUCUAUGGUCCCGAUGUUCUUCCCUUAGUAUAGGGUGCAAUCGUUUCCCUGCAUCAACAUUCUACAGAGGAAACUGCCUGUAAAAUAAGAGUUAAUGUAUUCUAUUGUUGAGGCUGAAUAGCCUAAAGCCUCUACAUUAUCUAACUACCGGUAUAUGCAAAUGUAGUUUUGUUGUUUCAUCUUGACAUUCACCCUGUGUGUGUGUGUGUGUGUGUGUGUCUUGCACUCGUGCGAGUGUGUGUUCUCUGCAGGUCUGAUCAUGCGAUUGACACAUCCUUUCUCUCAGGGUAGAGAGAGCUCUCAGAGCCCUACGGAACUCUCAGAAGGUCAGAGGUCGAUCUGCUGCUCCUGCCUCCAUGCAGCCAGCAGCCAUUUUGUUUGGUUAUUGAUUAUGGAAGUUACCAUAGAGAUAGUUAGAGGACUCAUGUUUGUAUCUGUGCCAUUAUAGCGUCUGUUACAGUAUGGGCAGAUGAGUCCUCUAAAUAUCUCUAUGGAAGUGAUCUAACCCUGAAUUUACAAGCGUUUCACUACACCCGCAAUAACAUCUGCUAAAUAUGUGUAUGUGACCAAUAAAAUGUGAUUUGAUGACAAUUAUAAAGAUCGAACACAAAGCAGAUAACACACCAAACGCUUAUAUGUUACAGAUACGUUUCUGUGUAAUGAAGAUACGCUUAAACAAAACAUAUGCAUGAUAGUGCGAAUUGGCAUGUGUUUUGCUAUUCUAAAAGCAUUAGGACUGGGAUGAUAUAAGUGGUAAUGUAAGGUAGACACCUGCGUAAUGAGGUAACCAGGUGUAGCAGCCCCAGGUGUUACCAAUAGGCAGGCAGCUCCACCCUGAAAACCUUUCAGACAGGAGGGACCACCUGGAGGAGAAUGUGGCAGGCAACCACAGUGUACCAUGUUGUGUUCAGGCUUGAUGUAUUUUCCAAUAAUUGCAUUAGUAUGUCAUUAUUACCUAUGCACUCUCUCUCCGCCUCCCCCCUCCCUCUCCCUACCUCACCCUCCAGAUCAGUGGGAGGUGGACCCGGCAGAGCUGACCCUGGGUGAGGAAGUGGCCAGCGGUCAGUUUGGCCUGGUACUCCAGGGGCGGUGGAGGGAGCGCAGGGUAGCUGUGAAGAUGGUCAGGGAGGGAGCUAUGUCUGAGGAGGACUUCAAAGAGGAGGCCAGGGUCAUGAUGAUGCGGUCCCACUGUAAGCUGGUGCAGCUGUAUGGUGUGUGUACCCAGCAUUCUCCCAUGUGUCUGGUGUUUGAGUUGAUGGAGCAGGGCUGCCUGUCGGACUACCUCCGAGCCAGGAGGGGGCGUAUGUCCCAGGACACCCUACGGGGGAUGUGUCUAGACAUCAGUGAAGGGAUGGCAUACCUGGAGAGCAACAACUUCAUCCACAGAGACCUGACAGCCAGAAACUGUCUGGUCUCCUACAACAACGUGGUGAAGGUGUCUGAUUUUGGCAUGACCAGGUUUGUUCUAGACGACCAGGACACCAGCUCUCAGGGCUCUAAGUUCCCCAGCAAGUGGUCUUCUCCUGAGGUCAUCAAGUACUGCAAGUUCAGCAGCAAGUCUGACGUCUGGUCAUUUGGUGUGUUUAUGUGGGAGGUGUAUACGGAGGGGCGUCUGCCCUAUGAGAACCGGCCUAAUGGUGAGGUGGUGGAUGCCCUGAAUGCAGGCCUGAGGCUGCUGAAACCCAGACAGGCCCCAGAGGCUGUGCACCUCCUCAUGGAGUGGUGCUGGAAGGUGGUAGAAACCAGACGACCGUCCAUCCUUUGCUCUCCUGCUGCACGAGCUGGCCUCGCUCUCAGACCUCUGAGCCUGAACGGACAAGCUAUUCAACCAAACCUGGUCUGCUAACCAGCUAUCCGGGGUAAAUCAUGCAAGAAUCAUUUUGCUCAACCAAACUGAAGAUACUGUACAAAAUAUACUGUACAAAAUAUACUGUAGAAAAUAUACUGUACAAAAUAUACUGUAGAAAAUAUACUUAGUGAGCUGUGUUUAUGUUAUUUAUUAAUUUCCUUCAAGUUUCUAUUUACUUUGUAGCAAACCAUAUUUUUUAUAAAAUGUAGUUGUCUAUUUCUCUUUUGUCUUGAUUUCUUGUUUCUGUCUAUUGUGUUUCAUAAAGCUUACUGUUGUUUGAUUUCACUCUCUGUCGCUCAAAGUCUGACUGUCCAUCAGGGGGCACACACAACCCAUUUACUCACAACCCAUUUACCCACGAUGUCAUAAUGUAGGCUAUUCCCAUCACCUCUCUACAGACUUCCUUAUGUACUAGGAUCUCUGUAUAGCAUGCUACUGCAGUCCUAAAACGAAAUAAACACAAUGCAUAAUACUCA